AUGAUAGGAGAAGUCAAAAAUGGUUUCAAUUCUGUCCCACAAAUUCUGUUGUUUCUUAUUCAUAACAAGGAUAAGAUGGCAACUGGAGCUGGACUCGAGUCUCUUGUUGAUCAAACAAUUUCAAUUAUCACAAAUGACGGGCGAAAUAUUGUGGGUGUCCUGAAAGGUUUUGAUCAGGCUACCAACAUAAUUCUUGAUGAAUCCCAUGAACGAGUGUACUCCACCAAGGAAGGUGUACAGCAGCUUGUGUUGGGCCUCUACAUCAUAAGGGGUGAUAACAUAAGCAUAGUCGGGGAGUUGGAUGAAGAGCUAGAUGCAAGCUUGGAUUUAUCAAAGCUCAGAGCUCACCCUUUGAAGCCAGUCAUCCACUGA